AUGGCGUCGCCUUCCAUCUGCACCCGCUGUGCCUUGCGGAUACAACGUGCAUCUUCAUCUUCAUCACCAACAACAACACGCUCCUUCAGCAGCACGCCAUCCUUCAAACGCGCCGUUCCGACUUUCGCAGAAACAGCCAACCCAGAGCUCAACGACAUCCUCUCCACCAUCCGCUCCAAGCACUUUAUCCCAGCAUAUCUCCGAAACCGUGAGCGUCGUGCCAUUUUCGGUGACAAGAACCGACAGAAUCUGAUCGAUAACCCGCAAUCCGUUGUGCUUGGUGACGAGGAAAUCCAGCUGCAAUGGAUCAACCGAAGACGGGAAAUUCCCAAUCGCAAUGCACUCAUCACCAAGGCCAUCAAUCUGAUGCUGGCGUCCGAGACGAAAGAUUGGGGAAAGAAUCUACCGGCGUUGCUACAAGGAUUAAACGAAGGCGUGAAGAAGAGCGUGGACACAGCCCUCAUGGAGAAGGUUCUCCGGAAAGCGGCUGAGAUGGGUAAGCUGGGCACAGUCCUGCCUUGUAUGCAACGAGCAAGCAAGACGAACAUGACCUUGAAGAAUGAGGCAAUCUUGAGGUGUGUUGUGUUGGGCCUGCAUGCUUCAGGGGCGAGGAAUGGAUGGAACAAGGGCUCGCUGGAGAAAGCAAUCAGAGACUCAAACGUUGUGGCGCUGAUGUUGGAGAGCGCGGAUCAUGGCACCCAGUCGGUGAUGAGCGAGAAUGAUCCGCGGACACGGCCAUUUGUAUUGGGAACAUGGCUGGAGCUGGUCGCGGCCUAUGCAUACAAAUAUCAAGGAGGAAAGGACAGUGCGGAGGGCGUAGUGAAGACGUAUACAGCGAGGCUGCUCUCAAGGUUGGCUGAGAGUGGGACAGAGCCACCGCAGAUCACAGUCUUGGAGAAGGGAAUGCAGUGGCCGAUACUUCAGGCCAUUCCUGUCUGGCACGGCCUUUACCUCGCACAAAAAUUGCUUGGAAAUGAAAUGCCGAACCCGAACGUCGCUCGCGAAGCGCUCGCAAGCUACGAGGGCGCCAUCUCAAACGCUGUCUCGGAGCUUGAGGCGCAAAGUCCGACAGUAGGAAGCUAUCCUGCGCAGGCCGUGGACGCUUGGAAAUCUUGCAUCCGGGAGUAA